GAAAUGGUUGAAAAAUGUUUUUUUUUUUUUUUUUUCUCCCCUUUUCCUCAGUCUACUGCGCGAGGCAGGGGAGCUCCCACGGUUCAGUCCGAUAUGGAGACAUGGUUCCUAAGACCAUCAUGGGAAAGAUCUUUGGCUCUGUUUGUUCUUUGAGUGGCGUGUUGGUGAUCGCUCUUCCCGUUCCCGUCAUUGUGUCCAAUUUCAGUCGGAUCUACCAUCAGAGUCAGCGUGCAGAGAAGCGUCGUGCUCAAAAGAAAACCAGGCUUGCUAGAAUUCGUGCGACGAAGAGCGGUGGCGCUAAUGCUUAUUUGCAGUACAAACGCAAUGGGAUGCUGGCAGACGCGGAGGAGGAGGCUUCAAAAGAGGCUGGCCAAUCUUUGGUAUGUAAGAUCAACCCCACUUUUGAGACCCAGCACCACCAUCUCCUGCACUGCUUGGAGAAAACCACGAAUCAUGAGUUUGUGGAUGAGCAAACUUAUGAGACAAACUGUAUGGAGGUUUCCCUAACGAAGCCAUCCAUGUCCCGUUCCUCCUCGAUGUCCUCCUCUCCACAUGGCCUGUCCUCCUGCUGCACGCGCAGAAACAAGCGCAAGAGCUUCAAUGUCUCCAAUUCCAACAUGGUCGGCGGCCGCAGGGGCAGCAUACAGGAGCUCAGCACCAUCCAGAUCAGAGAGAGACCAAUGAGCAACAGCCGCUCCAGUCUCAAUGCCAAGUUUGAAGAGACUGUACCCCUGAAUUCAGAAGAGCAGUCCUACAUCACUGCCGCUGUCAUCAGCAUGCCCACCCCGCCCGUGACCACACCCGAGGGCGGAGACUCAGCCAGCUCGCAUGACUUUUUGCAAAGCAACAUUGUCAGGGUGUCGGCGUUAUAGACCGUCUGCCGUGAUCAUUAGCCAUUUUAUUUAGCGAGUGGAUGCUGGAGCAGAAAAUGAUCGAUGGAGCCCCCUAGUGUAGUGGAGGAGGCACUGCAGCAGGAUGGGCCAUAGCAGGACCUUUUAAUUUUUUAUUUUUUAAAUCAGCUCUUGCCCAGAGCUCUCCAUCUCUGUGAGCUCCAUCAGCUCUAACUCUAGGCCCAUACAUCAUGUGACUCACGAUGGGGUCCAAUAAGCUUACACUCAACCCAUAGAGGAAAACAAUGUGUUUAUUACAGCUUCUAUAAUUUUUCAUUAUUGUGAGUCUUUGAAUCUUUUGUCUUCAGUUUGAUGGGAUCGGCAGAAAAUUGGGACGAAUAAGGAGUGUACCAGCAGGGGCGGGAUUUUACAAGCUUUUACACAGCUGUACACACUUUUGAUACUACAAAGUAAAGCUGGGCUCUACUAGGGUGUGCUGUCGGAUGCUUUUGCGUGCGUGUGUGUGAUUGAGAUCGAUCUCUUGCAUGUUUUGCAUAAGUCUUUGUCUUUUUUCAAUUUGGCAUGAGCAAUAAGGAUUGGCUCUUUCUGUCAGAAUGCGUGCUUUUUAUUUUUGCCUAGUUAAAUAGUAUUGAUCUUUCCAACCCAAUGAGUGUGUAAAAACAGCUGUUUUGAGAGAUUAGCCUGUUGAUACAGGUGAUAAACAAAGAAAACCUUGUAUCACACUCUCUCUGUCCCACCCAUGUUGUGUUCAUUCCUUGCCUGACCUGAUGAGACGUUUGUUAUACUUUUUUUAUUUUAAUUCUUUAUUAAUUAAUUUUUUGUUGCAAAAAGCUACACGGAAAAGGAAACACCUUUUGUGUUUCAAUAUAUGUGACUUUCUCAAACUGACAGUGGAGGCUUAUGGACUUGAGCUCUAAUACUAGCCAUUCCAUUUUAUACUCCAAAGUUUGCAAGUUAACUGUGAAAAGAAAAAUAACGUGCUUAUUUAUUAUAUUUGUUAAAAUUAUUGUGCAUGUUGUCGUACAUAUGGUGAAACGGGCCAACUUGGACCAGAGCAUAGAGCCCAGCCAGGACUUUUUUUCUUCCCUCCCUUUAAAGAUGUACUUUUAUCAGCAAACAUUCUUAGGUCUGUCUAUUAUUACUGGAUAAUGGCAUCAAUCUGUGUGUGAUAACACAUUGAGAAUCAUCCAAUCAGGUUCUUAGUACUGUUAUGGGGAUUAUUAUAUCAUUGUGAUCAGCCAAACACGCUUAGUGUUGAAUAUAAAAACGCAAAAAUCUCGCAAAGUCACAUUCAGGUUUGUUUCACUCCAAAAUCAAAAGUGAAUAAAUUAUAUUUUGCAUAAAAAUCGUUUUAAAA